AUGACACGUCUUCCAGUGCAACAACAGGCCCUCGUCCUCUACCAGAACCUCACAGGGCGCGCCUGGGUCGAAGCCGAGCGCCUCAGCUUCGACCGAGCACAUGCCCGCCUGGUUGAGUGCGGGUGCCACUUGCCAGACCUGGCAUCGGCCUGGGUCUUCGUCGACAGGAUGGAGCUCGAAAAAGCAAGCGAACUCAACCUCCUCGCCUCCGACGGCGAGUUCAGCGAGAAUGAGGGCGACCCGUUUGGCGAUGAAGGUGAGGCGAUGUCCGAGGAAAUGGCGACGGAGUUAUACGAGACCUACAUGACUCACGAGGCGGCAAAGAACAAGCAACCAUGGCAGGGCUACGACACCGGCGUCUACUACGACUUCCAGUACUACGGCGGCGACCAGUGGAACAGGAGUGUCGCCGGAGCCCCAUGGCUGGAGCGCUACUUGAAUGUCACAGCCGAGCUCGGUUACAAGCCACAGUUCCUGGGAGGCCGUGAAAGCUUCAAGUUUGGAGCCUCCAAGAUCUUCGACUCGAAGUGCUCCGUGGUGAUCGCUUUCCAGAUGGGCGACUAUGUGCUGCAGGUGAGGACAGCAAUCGUGGAGGGAGAUGUGCCACUCCUUUUGAGUAAGCCUACCCUCGGAGCCAUGGGAAUGAUCUAUGACGUGGCCCGUAACCGAGCGAACUUCACCAGUUUGGAGCUGUGUUUUUUUGCCCUGAGCGCCACAGAGACCGGGCAUCCUGCCAUACUGUUCGUUCCUGUCCAGGCUUUUGCAGGGCUUCCCCAAGACUGGGAGGCCAAUGGACCAGAAAUCAAGAUCUCGAAGCGUGGUGCGGCAUACAUGGGGGUCUGGGAAGCUCACGUGACGAGUCUGGGGAUUUCUGGGGAUCCACAUCACCAUGAAGCUAUGUCCUCUGCCCUAGAGCACAAUCAACGACUAGUGGACAUCAACAACUACAGGCAAGAGAACAACAUCGAGCUGCCUGGCAAGCCGACCAAGGGCUGGAUCAUGAGGAUGCUGAGGACCGCCACAGCCGGGGCGGACAAGGACGUCAUGACCUUCGGGCGAUACAAGCACUGGGAGUCCCAGGCCGUACCACAGGGCUACCGGGACUGGGCGGAGCGAGAGGUGGCGGUGAACAACAAUGCAUCGGAGGACGCAGAGGACUACGACUACGAACGGCUGCACCAAUGCGGACCCGGAAGCGAACCCCAUGAUCCCGCUGCCGGACGACGAGAGCUCGACAGUGUGGUCGAUGGUACAACGGAUCUCGGACCCGGGAUUGGCGUCUAUAACACCUUUGCUACCACAAAAAGGAGCGAGAAGAACUCAGUGGUUCCGAAGCCCAAGGCCAAGACGCCAGAGUCCAGGGGGAUCAAGAUGGGACACCGAGGAGAUCGAGGCCCUGGAAGCGAGACUGGCGAUCUUGAAAAGGGAGCACGGAUUGGCGGCCAAGAGACCUUGAACACCUACGAGACCUACUUGAACGACUCCGUGAUCUCCACCGAAGGGCGCUAUGACUUGGGUGGCGACCCCAAGAACCACGACGAGAAAUAUAACAUGGAUGGCGACUCCAUGAAUCCUCCUCUACGUCCUCCCGAAUGCGCUGGUGGCGAUCCAGAGAGGAGGGGUGACUACUACGACGAGAACCGAUUCGAGAUGGAGGAGGUGUACGGCGAGGACGAAAACGACUACCACAUCUGUGUCGACGACCACUUCCAGCGAGAUCGACAACCCGUGUUCUGGCAACUCUACACCGGGAACGGCGAGAUGGUGAAGGCCAUGGAGGAGCCCCCAGAUGUGCUUUGGAUGGCCCCGCCGCAUGUGCUGUGGGAUGUGGUCGCGAAGCAGACGAGGCGGAGAAAAACAGCGAUCCUGGAGCAUCCUGGGGAAUACUCGGGAUGGACUACACCGGCCCUGAAGAACCUCGGCGGCAACGACGUGAUCCUCUACGACAAGUUUACCAAGUAUGGCGGGGACAAGGAGGCCACGACGAUCUGCGUCAAAAGAGGUUUGUGGCAGUAUGGAAACCGCCACGGCAUCACCAAUGGAGAACACCACCAAUGGACCUCAUUUUACCUUGGGCGGAACAUAGAGACCAAGCUCCAUGUUGACAGCCACAACCUCGUUGGGACGCAGUCAGCAACCCUCAGCUUCGGCAACUUCAGUGGCGGCGGCCUAUGGGUGGCCAGGCGGAAUGAAGAUGACGACACCAACGGGGGCAUCGAGCUCGACACCAAGCACAAUUUGACGAUCAUCGACGCAAAGCUGCCCCACCGGACAAUGCCAUGGGAAGGGACCAGAUGGUGCCUCUCUGCCUACACCCGGAGGAGCUUGCCCUACAUCAGCCAAGGACUGAGGCGAAAGUUGGUACAGUUUAACUUUCCGGUCAACGACCUCCGCAAGCACCGUCCACUACAUGAACAACACCAGAUGCCGAAGAAGAGCAUCAGAAGGGGACUGUGGAGGAAUGCAAAGCGCGUGAGCUGUCUCGCCACUUGGUCAAUCUUGGCGGCAAUGAGUUUCGGACGAGAGCUUCUUCCUCCACCUGGGGACCGAGAACAAGUACUACUCUUUGAGCUCGGUGGAAGAAGGAUGUCAUAUGAGGUGGCCGACAACGACUACAAGUUCAUCGAGCCCCUUGUUGCCGAGGACCUGGAGGACAACGGUGGAAUCAACCUGGCGCACGAGGCCGGGGGGAAGGUGAUCAUCGAGGGCGACGAGAAUGGGGAUCGAUCUUGGAGGGGGGACGACACACACUACCACCGAGAUGACGACAGAGCGCAUGAGGCUUUCCCAGCCGACGUGAUCCACGACGACCCGAAACCGACAACUACGGGCGCCAAGGCCAUCAGUUUCAGCAAGGGGAGCAAGGUCGGGGUGGAUGCUUUCUCAGUGGUGGACUCGAGUGGCGUGCGCUACGAGAUGCUCUCUGCAGUUGACCACGGGACUGGUUUUCAUCUCGUGGUCGAGCUGAAGGGACACACGGCCCAGAUCAUGGAGAAGACUUUCUGCGAACUGUGGUCCAACACCUUCGGGCCACCAGGAACCCCGGCUAUUGACCUCGAGACAGGACUCCAGGCAGGGCUGGCGAAAUAUGCCGAGUGGUUUGGCUCGAAGAUCAGACCCUCGGCUGGACAGGCCCAUUGGCAACUUGGCACUGCAGAAGGUCACGGCGGACUUUGGAAAGAGAUCUUCGCGAAGGUGACGGACGAGUUCAGCGUCACCGAGGCCGAUCUACACCUGUGCAUCACCGCGGUUAAUGCCGCAAAGAAGAACGUAUGGAGGAAAGACCUGGAGCAGAAGCAAGAGUGGAAGAGGAUGUGCCUGCAGCAGCAAGAAGGCACACAGAAGUACUUACGAGAGACCUCUGCACCCGCGACAGGAACUCCUGCAAGAACGCCAGUGCGAAGGAAGCUCGACAUCGCUAUGGAGAAUGCAGGCAGUAUCGAAUCAGGGAAGAAGAAAGGGCUAAGCUUACGAAGCUUCGAGAAGAAGAAGAAGCAGAGGCAGCUCAGCCAGCAGCAGCAGAAGCAGAAGAAAUGGACGAAGGUUCUGCCUCAAGGAAGCGAAAGCUUGACGAACUGGAGCAGAAGAAGAAAGCUCUGGAAGAAGAGAAUGCUAAGAAGCAGAAGGAGAUCGAAGACGAAGCAAAGAGGAUCCGAGCGGUGGAAGAAGCCGAACGUAGAGCGAAGGAACAGCGAGCUAAGAACCCCAAGCUUCAAGUACCCGUGGCAGCUGAGAAAAGUGAGAAGCCUGAAACCUGGUUCGAACGGAAGGCCACAGAACUGGUCGAAAGCUUCAUCCAAGGAUGUAUCCCUCAGCAGAAGAAAGCCAGUGAAGCAGAAGCCGCGUAUACGGAUGCAUGCCGUGGCGCAGAAAGAGCACAAGCAAGCUUUAUCGAAGCCUUGCAACAGGCGCAGAACUGCGCGGAGCAGUUGCAGGCGCAGAUGGGGCAAGCACUGGAGAGAGCCAUUGAACAUGGCGAGGAGCAAGCAAAAGCCCGACUGUAUACGAUGGCAAAGCAGAAAUGCUCGCGACCAGAAGUUCCUAAGGUCAAGGCGAGGCCUCAGAUUCCAGCAGGACUCAAGGAGAAGCUCAAGAAGGAAGAAGCAGUUCGCUCAGACGAGGAGUACUUGCCAUGUACUUACUAGCCGUUUUCGCCUGAAUGGCAGGAGAAGGAGAUGGUACUCGAGCUCUGGGAGCCCGCGCUCACGGUCUUGCAGCUCAAGGAAAAGCUCAGGAAAUUCUUCCCGUUGCGUAACAUUGUAUGCGACAAAUACAAGGACGAAAAGGAUGAGUACCAGCGGUAUUACCCCGCUAUCGCGUUCGCGGACUACGGCGCGAUCAGCAGCCAGAUACGUGAACUCAACGCCGCCAAGUACAAGGAUGCAAAGCCCUAACGAGUACCCAGAAAUCGUGAAGUUGUCCCGUAUGCUGCAUCAAAGAAAGCAGCGAAGCCUUCGGAAACAGGGCAAGGCAAGGGUAUGGAAGGCCACGAGAAAGACCCCUUGGAGAUGCAGGAUUCGGCCAAGAAGAGGCGAGCAAAGUUGCUUGAGAAGGACAGUGACAAGGUGCAGAAGACAGAAGUGGUCGACGUGGAGGACGAUGCCGCUAGCAAGAAGUCCAGUGGCAAAGGAAAAGGUACAAUCUGGACUAGUGAGCCACCACUUCCCGCAGGUCACUGGGAGAACCGCCCUCGGAGAGAUGAAAGCAAGGAAGCCCUCAGAAAGAAGCUCGAAGAGCACAAGAAGGAGAAGCUCGAAGAGUACCACAAACAGAAGCUACGCGACACCUUCGAGAGGCACCUCAGCGGUAAAGGAGCUGGAAGUGACGCACCCAAGUCUGCCGGUAGCGAAGAAGGACCAGCCACAGAAGCCGCCAGUGGCACGAAAGAAGUACCAAAGGAGACAGGCCCGGGACCGGACGAAGCAGGAUCGGACCCCGAAAGCAGUGAGUCAAGCGAAUCUUCGGGGGAAUGCGACGAUCCGGUACAAGAGAACCCGGAUGGUACUGCGGACAUGGAGUAGACUUGUACAGCAGCUACUCGAGAAAGGACUGGAUCAGAGUGUAGGCAGAAUGCCUAUCGUGGCGCUUGAGCUACUUGUAUGUCUACUUCUUCAGUUGGUCUUCAACUGCGCAAAAUUCGGACAAACUCUUCGUGAAGACUGCAUCCGAAGAACGCAAAAAGGUGCGCAAAGUUGUUCUUGUAUGUGA